CCUACUGUUGUACGCUUUCUGCCAUUUUGGAAUUCUCUGUAGCUUGGACACACGCACCUUUCGAUCCUCCGGAAGAAACGUCGGUUCUAGGAAGAACCCCCACGGAGGUCGCUCGAGAUCAGCGCCACCAGAUCUAGGGUUUUCCCCUGUGCAUUUACAUCAAUUUCUUAUUUCUCUUCCCCAACCGAUCGACCAAAAGUUGAUCGUUACCCCCAUCGUCCUCUCGAUUUUUUCAUUUUCAGAUCUAGGACAUGUAAAAUGUGUGCACCCAGAUGCGGUAAUGCAUAGUCACAGGCGUUGUGGUUUGGGUUUUAGGGUUUGAGCGUGUGUGGAGUUGCAAAAAUGGAGAGAGAGAGGCGCGAUGACGGAGAUCAGCGCUGUUUUCUUAAUCAUCAGGUUUUCGAUCGGUUGAGCCCUGAGCGAAUGCGGUCGAAAUCCCCGAUUCCGUCGACGGCUCGUCCCGGGACUCCUCCGUCGUGUUCGCCUCCUUCUGGCGGUGGUGUCGGUGGGGUUAGUUACAUCGAGCACCGCGUUUCCAAGAUGGAUACGCUUGCCGGUGUCGCGAUCAAGUACGGCGUUGAGGUUUCCGACAUUAAAAGGAUGAAUGGCCUUGUGACAGAUCUCCAAAUGUUUGCUCUGCAGUCGCUCCACAUACCACUACCAGGAAGACACCCUCCAUCUCCAUGUUUGUCAAAUGGUUUAGAUAAUCAGGGACCGAGCAGCUCUGAGCAGACCCCAACACGCCGCCGGCACUCUGAUUUGUUUGAAUCACUCCAGUCACUGAAUCUGAAACCUUCACCACCAACAAGGGUGUCCCUAGCCAUGAGCAACUUACAAGGUUACUAUGGUCUAAAAAAACUUGACAAAAAACCAAAAUAUGAAGGCUUUGAAAUGGCUGUUUAUCAGAAUGGGGGUUCUCACUAUUUAGAGGAUGGACCGUUUGCUGAACCCUCCCCUCUUAUCAACCCCCCUUUGAGUCAUCACCGAAAAUCAAAAAGCGUAGCCAAUGGUUUCUUUUUGAGUAACAUCGAACUGGAUGUGGCGGUUACAGAAUCCAGAGCAGUCGACUCUGACAAAUGGUACGAGAAGUUGAUAAGAAGGCGUCAGAAAUCAGAAGCCGACUUUACUUCUCGCACACCUGAAACACUACUUAAAGGGGACAACAGUAGCAGUGGUGGAUUUUCCUCAAAUAGAGGAAAGGGUUUGGCCCUCAGACCCAAGGCAGCAAGUAGAACUACUUCAGGAGUUGAUACGGAGCCAGGUUUGACGAACAAUCAUAUUCCCUUAAGUUUGGGGGAUUCUCUUAUUGCAGAUAGUCUCAAUUUAGUGAGGAAGUCUUCAAGUACAUCAAGUUUGCAGGAUCAAGAAAAUGGUCCGUCUUCUUCUUCCUCUAUCUGGGCUCCACCAAAAUGGAAUUUGAAGUCCGAUCUUCAGGCCCUUUCAACUGCAGCAAUUACGAGACCAAUAUUUGAUGGUUUGCCAAAGCCAAUGACAGGUCGACGGAACAAAGCUGCACUUGAUUAGUUCGAUCUCCCUCUGUGGAUCCAUAUUUUUCCGUAGUUGAUUUUGUUCUAUUAUACCUUGGGCAUACAUUAUCAGGAGAAUAUAGAAGUAACUGUUCAAAAGUGGGAGGGGAAGGAAAUAAACCUUUUGUUGGAAUAUAAAAGAUUUAUCAUUUA